AUGGCUGAGCAGCUCGUCCUUCGCGGUACCCUUGAGGGUCACAAUGGCUGGGUUACCUGCCUGGCUACCUCUCUGGAGAACCCCAACAUGCUGCUCUCUGGCAGUCGCGACAAGACCCUGAUCAUCUGGAACCUGACCCGCGACGAGCAGGCCUACGGUUACCCCAAGCGCAGCCUUGAGGGUCACUCUCACAUCGUCUCUGACUGUGUGAUCUCCUCCGACGGUGCCUACGCUCUGUCCUCCUCCUGGGACAAGUCCCUCCGCCUGUGGGAGCUCUCCACUGGUGAGACCACCCGGACUUUCGUCGGCCACACCAACGACGUUCUCUCCGUUUCUUUCUCCGCCGACAACCGCCAGAUUGUCUCCGCUUCCCGUGACCGCUCCAUCAAGCUCUGGAACACCCUUGGUGACUGCAAGUUCACCAUCACCGACAAGGGCCACACCGAGUGGGUUUCCUGCGUUCGCUUCAGCCCCAACCCCCAGAACCCCGUCAUCGUCUCCGCUGGUUGGGACAAGCUCGUCAAGGUUUGGGAGCUCGCUUCCUGCCGUCUCCAGACCGACCACAUCGGUCACACCGGCUACAUCAACGCCGUCACCAUCUCCCCCGAUGGAUCCCUCUGCGCCUCCGGUGGCAAGGACGGCACCACCAUGCUCUGGGAUCUCAACGAGUCCAAGCACCUCUACUCCCUCCACGCCGGUGACGAGAUCCACGCCCUCGUCUUCUCCCCCAACCGUUACUGGCUGUGCGCUGCCACUGCCAGCAGCAUCACCAUCUUCGACCUCGAGAAGAAGAGCAAGGUUGACGAGCUCAAGCCCGAGUACGUCGAGAAGGGCAAGAAGAGCCGCGACCCCGAGUGUGUCAGCUUGGCCUGGAGCGCUGACGGCCAGACUCUGUUCGCUGGUUACACCGACCACAAGAUCCGCGCUUGGGGUGUCAUGUCGAGGGCAUAG